AUGCCUGGUCUUCGGAUCAAUAUGAAGAGUUUUGCACGCGUCUCUGAAUGUCGGGCCCUUUGCCGAGAGCACGCCUCCGAGCCUCUCAAUGCGUGGCGCCUCAUCCCCAUUCUCGUCAAUGCCAGCGUCGGAAGCACCGUCCUCCAGGCACUUGGCCGCCUCGAUGGUGUCCGCCGCUGCGGCCAGCCUAGAAUGUCUCCUUGUAUUUUCGACGGUCGGUAUGUCAACGACUCCCUUAGCCAAGAUCCUGUGGAACCACGCGGACUCCCGGACUCACAUUCCAGUGUGGACGUUACUGAUGACCACUCGGCCAUGUCGCCAUCUCUGAGGCCGGGCGCAACCGACGCACCGCGAAAUCAAACGCCUGAUGAUAGUAUUCGGCGUGAGAAACUUACCAUCGACCGGCAUCACGACCUUUUCCCUCUGAGCCCACUGCAUAAAGUCACAAGGAUAAGGAAUUGUGCUGUGGAUAUUCUCACCCAAAUCGUUGUACCUUUGACGUUUAAUCUGGCCCAGGCUUCCUGUACCGACGGAGUUUCCUUCCCUCUUGCGGUGAAGUGA